AUGUCGUUAUCUUCGAAAAUUAAUCUGCUUCAUUUGUUGGCAGCAAGUGAUACUGUAACAGCUUUGGAUGCUGUUCAUAAUUUGCUGAAAACAGGUCAAAAACAAGUACAUGAACGUGAAGAGGAUGGAUUAACUGCAUUACAUGUUGCUGCAGCAUGGGAUAAUUUAGCUAUGUGUCAGCUGUUAAUGUAUUUUGGUGCCGAUCCUUUCCACAGGGAUGAUUACGGAAGGACACCAAAAGAUAUGGCUAAUGGGUCGGUUAAAAAAUUUUUCUCGCGUCUUUAUGAAACGGAAGUUCAAGGAAGAAAUAAUAUAAGGCGGUCAUUUUUGCGUGCUCUAUGUCAGCUUUUUUCUUGUCCAAUGGCUCAAAAAGAUAGUAAAGUGUCGAUGAAACUAAAAAGAUCUCAUUCAUGGUCGCCAUCGUAUGAUGGAACGAGUAAUUUUUUAUCUAAGGAUGAAAAAAGAUUGCAGUGGGCUUUUCGAAAAAAUCAGUCGCUUUUAUUCAGAAAUAAUGCUGGAAAGGUACAGCAAGAAUCAGCACAAUGUCUUUCUCAAGGAACGAAAUCGUCCGAAAAAAUGACUUCAUCGACAGUAGGAUCGCCUCAUACUUUUGAGCAACGUGAUAUUACAGUGCCUUGCGAAAUAGAAAGUAAUGAUGCAAUGUAUAUAACAGCACGAGAAUAUGGCUGUACUAUUGUGAGUGACGAGAAAAAAGAGUUUGACAAAUUUUCGGAUGAUUUGUGUUCUCAAAUCGCUUCGUUAAGUAUUCAUCCUACUCAACUUGGCUCUAAAAAUCAAGUGGUGGAAAAGUCUACAGCUAGUAUGGAUGAAAGUGAGAAUAUUCCUCCAAAGAUCUUAGAAGCCGUUCGUCUCAUGUCAGGUGAACAAAUAAAACGAGAAUUAAUUAAAAGAGGCGAAAUUGUUGGUCCUUUAUUUGAGUCCACUCGAUUUGUUUAUGAGUUAAAAUUGGCUCGUAUCAUGGCAAAUAUACUGUCCUCUUCUUCGAAAUCGAAAUACAGUUUGGCAUUAGAACGCUGUAUAGCGAGUGGCUCGUGCCCUAGUGGUGGAAAAAUGGAUCAAAUUGUUAUGGAUACUUUUGCCAAACUUUCGAAAGAGGAAUGUCGAGAAGGAAAUCGACCUACCUGUUUCUGUUAUAUUUUGAUCGAUCCAUCAUUCAUUGCUGCUCCUUAUAAUAGCUGCACAAUGAAGCAGUUUGUCGAUUCUAUAUUUUAUAUUGGUAAGGGAAAACGUUCUCGUCCUUUUCAACAUUUGGUGGAUGCUGUGCGGGCCAAAGGUUUCGGUGAUAGCGUUAUAAUGAAAAGCAACAAACUUCAAAAGAUUGUUAAUCUCUGGACCGAUGGACGAGGCGUUGUUUCUUUGCAUGUUUUCCAGAAUACCAUUCCAGUGGAAGCAUUUACAAGAGAAGCAGCUAUGAUCGAUGCUAUUGGUAUUGAGAAUUUGACAAAUGUAAAGAGAGGAGAAUACUAUGGCCCUAUGAGAAAUUGGACCGCAUCACAGAAAGCAACCUAUGGAAGUUAUUUGCUACUAAAUGCACUAGCAAUAUUUCACGUAGAAGGAUGUCGUGAAAUAUAUGAAAAUGAUGUGCAAGAUAAGUAA